AUGCCUGCAGAGAAGGAGAAAAUCUCUCAAGAGGAGACAGUGGUAGAAGAGGUGGUGGAAGAAGAAGAAGAACCAGUGGAAGAGGUGCCGCCUCCCAAGGCAAGUACCGUGAUACCUGCACCCCCUGCUGAGGUUAAGAUCCCAUUUCCACAGCGCGUGCAGAAGAAGAAACUAGAUGAUCACUUCUCUAGGUUUCUUGACAUAUUUAGAAAAGUGAACAUCAACAUCCCGUUGGUAGAGGCGUUACAGCAAAUGCCUACAUAUGCAAAGUUUCUAAAAGAUGUGCUCUCCAAGAAGAAGAAGUGGACUGACUAUGAGACGGUGAACAUAUCUGAAAACUGUAGAGCCAUAAUUCAGAAAAAGCUACCGGCCAAGCUUAAAGAUCCUGGGAGUUUCAACAUCUCAUGCGUCAUUGGAAAUGACAGACAGACAAAGGCACUUUGUGAUCUGGGGGCGAGUAUAAAUUUGAUGCCAUUAUCGUUUUUCAGAAAGAUGAAGAUCGGCACUCUCAAGCCGACAACAAUCACGCUACAGAUGGCAGAUAGAACCGUCACCUAUCCCAAAGGAAUUGUUGAGGACGUUCUUUUGAUGGUACACGACUUCAUAUUCCCCGUCGAUUUUGUAGUGUUGGAUAUGGAAGAAGACGUGAAUGUACCGCUUAUCCUGGGGCGCCCAUUCCUUGCAACGGGAAAAGCAUUGAUAGAUGUAGCAAAGUGA